UCCAACACCGGCGGUGCCACACUCUGGAGAGCUUUAGGCCCAGGCAGCGGACUUCGUUGCCGAGAGGGGUGUGAAACGCACGAUCUGGAACUGACGUACGUCAUUCUUUUACCUACGGCGAAGGCACGGGUCACGUGCUGCGGAGACCACGUGAUGUGCUUUGGCGAGCGGGAUGACGUCAUCUGGCUUGUUCCGCUUUGUUGGAAUCUUUUAACUGAGCCAGUCGGCUACUUGGAAUCUUGUUUCUCGGCCAAGAAUGGUACUCCAAGACAGCCAUCCAUUUGUAGCUAUUCUCGAGCCUGUCUGAGGAUUAGAAAGAGGAUCUUUAAUAAUCCUGAACAUUCCUUGAUGGGCCUAGAACAGUUUUCUCAUGUUUGGAUUUUGUUUGUUUUUCACAAAAAUGGUCAUUUGAGCUGUAAGGCAAAAGUGCAGCCUCCUAGGCUGAACGGUGCAAAGACUGGAGUUUUUUCCACAAGGAGCCCUCAUCGUCCCAAUGCAAUAGGACUGACCCUGGCCAAGCUGGAAAAGGUAGAAGGUGGAGCUAUAUACCUUUCUGGAAUUGACAUGAUACAUGGCACACCCGUACUAGACAUCAAGCCCUAUAUAGCUGAGUAUGACUCACCGCAAAAUGUGAUGGAGCCUUUAGCAGACUUUAAUUUACAGAAUAACCGACAUACACCAAACACUGUGUCCCAGUCUGACAGCAAGACUGACAGCUGUGACCAGCGACAGCUCUCAGGGUGUGAUGAGCCACAACCCCACCAUAGCACUAAGAAGAAACCUAAAUGUCCUGAAGACAGAACUUCAGAAGAAAACUACCUGACACACAGUGACACAGCCAAAAUUGAGCAAGCAUUUCCUAUGCACAGGGAGAUAGCAGCGGAUUUUGGUUUGGAAUCAGGAUGUGAUCAGAGUUCCAGCGUGGCAGAAGAACAAAUUGGCCCAUAUUGCCCAGAGAAGAGCUUUUCAGAGAAAGGUACAGACAAGAAGCUAGAAAGAGUGGAAGGAGCAGCAGUCUUGCAAGGAAGCAGGGCAGAGACACAGCCCAUGGCCCCUCACUGCCCUGCUGGAAGGGCUGAUAGAGCUCCCCGCAGCGUGGUUCCUGCCUGGGUGACAGAGGCUCCUGUGGCCACUUUAGAAGUGCGGUUUACUCCUCAUGCCGAGAUGGACCUUGGGCAGCUCAGUUCACAAGAUGUUGGUCAGGCGUCAUUUAAAUAUUUUCAGUCAGCAGAGGAAGCAAAGCGUGCCAUUGAGGCUGUGCUGUCAGCGGAUCCUCGGUCUGUGUACCGCCGGAAGCUUUGCCAGGACCGCCUUUUCUACUUUACUGUAGACAUAGCGCAUGUCACUUGCUGGUUUGGUGAUGGCUUUGCAGAGGUGCUGAGGAUCAAGCCGGCUUCUGAGCCUAUUCAUAUGACUGGCCCUGUGGGGUCCUUGGUGUCUCUAGGGUCUUAAGGAGCCUCCCUCAUGUCUUUAAGGUAGCAUCAUUGAUCUUUGGAUGUGGCUUUUGGAUUUUCUGAACAAGCUAAUGUUGUGUCGAGAAGCAACACUUUGUGAUCUCAUGGCUUUGAUUGAUUUGGGCUGUUCAAAAUGUUUAUUUGAAAAACGUAUACAUUAAUAAACUUAACAAAGAGAUAUAAAAUACAGAGAAAUCACCAAAUGCUUUUUGAUCUGUUGAUAUUAAAGAAUCAAAAGGUGAUGCUGUCUCGAUAAUUUCUGAAAGAAGCUGUUCUUGGUGCACUUGAUAAAAUUAGACAAAGUUCAUUCCAGCAGAGACUUUCUAGUUGAGGGGAUCUAUUCAGUAAUUCAUAUUGGUUUUCCUGUCUGUCUGGAAAAGCCUGACCUUUCUGUUUGAUUCCAAAUCAAACCUAUAUCAGGAAACUAACAAAUAAAAAACAAGUAGAGAUAGUUUUUGAGAUUAAACUUCUGUGUUUCAGAGACUUUGUGACAUAGUCACACACACAUAUAUAUAUGUAUAUAUAUUUAAUACUGAUUCUAAAAUAGAGACUCUCUGAGAUUUCUUUGGAUGUCUUUGUAUCAGAAAAGGAAAUCACCCCCAGAAGUUCAAGAAAAUUGUUACUGUUUUUUUGUUUUUGUUUUUGUUUUGAGAUGGAGUCUUGCUCUUUCGCCCAGGCUGGAGUGCAGUGGCUUGAUCUCGGCUCACUGCAAUCUCUGCCUCCCAGGUUCAAGCAAUUCUCCUGCCUCAGCCUCCUGAGUAGCUGGGAUUACAGGCGUGCGCCACCAUGCCUGGCUAAUUUUUGUAUUUUUAGUAGAGACCAUGUUGGUCAGGCUGGUCUCGAAUUCCUGACCUCGUGAUCCACCCACCUCGGCCUCCCAAAGUGCUGGAAUUACAGGUGUGAGCCACCGUGGCUGGCCUAUAAUUACUGUUUUUUAAUAUACUCACUCUGCAACUAUUUAUUGAGAACCUAUGGGUUAGGUUUUGGUGAUAAAAUAAGAUGACAAGAUGUAGUUCUUGUUGCAAGUCAUGGUUAAUGGAAGAAGUAAGACAUAAAUAAAUUAUUGUAUUACAGUUUUAGAAAUACAGUAAUUAUACAUGGAUCCUCUGUAGUACCACAUAGGAAACAGUUGUAAGAAUGUAUUGCCUAUAGGUGAUUUUAAUGAUGUGCUCCCAGAUAACUGAGGAUUUAUGAUCAACAUAACCAAAUUAGACACCUGUCAACAUGAUACAUGCUUUCCUAAUCAUGAUUGUAAAUCUUAAUAGCUGAUCAAAAUGAGCUGAUUGGAAUAGUCUUGAAUAGUUUUGAAAUGAGUCCUGCUGCCUGUGGAUACUUGUGCAGAGUCAUUUGUGGCUGAUGACACUGUACUCCUAAACCAAACUGAUUUGUAAUUGCCUUUGAUGUUACUUAGAACUUCUUGGGGAGGUAUCUUUAAUUUGAUUUUUGGUUUUUGAUUUUUUUUUCAGAGCUGAGUCUCAUGCUUUUGCCCAGGCUGGAGUGCAGUAGCCUGAUCAUAGCUCACUGCAGCCUUAACCUCCCAGGCUCAAGGGAUCCUCCCACCUCACCUUCCUGAGUAGCUGGGUCUACAGGCUCAUGCCACCAUGCCCCACUAUUUUUAAAAUUUUUUGUAGAGACAAGGGUCUUGCCUCAUUGCCCAGGCUGGUCUUGAACUCCUGGCACCAAGCAACCCUCCCUCCUCAGCCUCCCAAAGUGCUGGGAUUACAGGCAUAAGCCACUGUGCCUGGGCUAAUUUGAUUUUUUAAAGCUUUUUAUUUUGAAAUAAUCAGAGGUUCACAGGAAAUUGCAGAAAUAGUAGAGGUCCCGUGUACCCUUCACCCAGCUUUUCAUUUAACUUCUUCCAGUGGUUGGUUCCAUCUUACAUAACUAUAGUAAACGUUAAAGGUAGGAAGUUGACACUGGUAUAGCCUACACUUUAGUUUGAUUUUGUUGUUUUUUCUUUUGAAAAGUUAUUUUGAAGCUUCAUCAGGGCUUGAAGCACAAAAUGUUUUGUUUAAUAUGUUAACAAUGACUCUGGAGGAUGGUAACCAACCGGCCUUAUAACAAGAGGACUAUUAAAUUGUUUGGGGUUUUAUUAUACAGUCUCAGGAUUUUAGAGCUAAGAAGGAUUUUAGGCUGGGCGCAGUGGCUCAUGCCUGUAAUCCCAGCACUCUGGGAGGCCGAGGCAGGUGGAUCAUUUGACGUCAGGAGUUCGUGAUCAGCCUGGCCAACAUGGUGAAACCCUACCUCUACUUAAAAUACAAAAAUUAGCUGGGUGGUAAUGGCUCAUGCCUGUAAUCCCAGCUACUUGGGAGGCUAAGGCAGGAGAAUCGCUUGAACCUGCGAGGCAGAGGUUGCAGUGAGCCGAGAUCGUGCCACUGCACUCCAGCCUGGGCGACAGAGUGAGACCCUGUCUCAAAAAAAACCCACAAAAAUAAUAAAAAGGAUGUUAAAUAUAAUCUGGCUCAGUUUUCUGCCAGUUCCUGAGUCUCUUCAAUGUUCCCACUAUCUGGCCUUUCCGGGCCCUGCCUAAAUGAGGUUAUACACCCCUGACCUGUGCAGCUUAUUCUUUAUGGGCAGUGCUCAUUAUUAAAACAUUCUUCCUGAACGUGAGAUCCACUCUGUCCUCCGACAGCUCUGCCCACUAGAGAGGCCACACAGGCUGGUUGCCCUCCCAAGUUAGCCUGUCCUACCACCCCUUGGUCUUCCCUAGGCUGAGCACCCCCGUUUUCUUCAGCUGUUUCUCGUAACAUGAUCUCAAGCCUCUUCUGAACCCCAGGCUUUCUUGAGUCUCCAUAUGAGCAUUUGCCUCUGUGGGCACAACUUCAAGUGUCCUUUGUGAGGAAAUGUGCAUCUCUGGUUGGUGAACUUCCAUCCCUCAGAGAGAAAUAGAAGCACAAAUUUGAAACAAGCUGUCUGUCUGUCUGUUUCUUUAUGUCUUGGAAACUUUUUAUUUAUCCAUCCAAGCUUUUUUUUUUUUUUUUUAGCCUUUGAGAGCAGGCAACCAUCCAAGCUCAUUCCACAAACCCAGAGAAUUAAAUAUACCUGAUUUGUAGCACAAAAUAAAUAAAUGAUAAAAGUUCCCUCAAACCUUCUAUCAAGUGGCUUUAAAACUGUCAUUGAUUUUAUGUCUGGAAUUGAAGUUGUUUUGGUGCGUGCACGUACACACACGCAUGUACACACACACACAAAUAUACACUAAUCCUAAAAAUGAGAUGGAAAUGAGCUACAAGAAAACUCAAAAAUGCCAUAAUUAUGACUAUCAAAAAUAGUGUUACAGCUCUAGGGUCGUUUUGUGUCCUAUUUGUAUCAAAAUCACAUUUGGGACGUCCUUUAUAGGUGGGAGGUGAGUACAUCAAGAGGAAGAGGUUGCUUGAUUCUUGGUCCUUUAGAUUUUUAAGACUCUUUGGCCAGAGUUUUGGAAAAGGGAUUGUGUCAACAAGCAAAGUUGUGGUUUCAGGACUGCCUUAGAAACUUUUUCAAGAGAAGAAAGGAAACAAUUCUCUACUAGGCGUAAAUGGCACCCACCUUAAUAUUUAGCCUUUGCUUUUUGGUGCCUGUAGGGGGAGCCCUUGAUAGCAGAUUUUAUUCCCCCUUCACUGGCUUGGAGGAAAACGCCAGGAGUUCAAGCUGUUUAGGUAAUUUUGGCAUUUGGCCCACCUGCCCCAGCUUUAAAGAACAGUAACUUGUACAAGCAAUGCUGACUGAUGCUUGUCAGUCACAUGUGAGAAGAGAUUAGAAAGAUGAGUGGCAUUUAUUAAUUUUUUCUUAAAUUGUAAGCUUGGCUUCAGGGGUGGGAUUGAUUAUUCCAGCAUGUGGAUCUGUGCACAACCAGGUGACUCAUUAAGCCCAUGAGCACACACGGACAAGGCAUUGACUUUGUUUCUGUGUUUGUGACUUUUUUUCUUGGAGAGAAGAAAAUGAAGUUGACGUGAAUCAACCUCUUGUUGGUAGGGUUUUUAAAAUGCUACAGUCCCAGAGAAAGCAGGAGAAGACUCAAUAAAAAUGAAAGCCUGCAUCACUUACUGAACUUUUAUCAUGACCUUGGAACUGGACUAUGUGCUUUUCGUACAUUGGGUGGAGGUUGAGUAACGUGCUCAAGCUGCUCAGCUGCACAGCUAGGAUUCCAACCCACCAGUCUGGCCUGAGUCCUCUUCCUUCUCAGCCUGGCUCAACGCCUUAGCAAAUCAUGCUGGUUUAUUGGAAGGUCAGCAGUUCCAUAUGAUUCAGCACAUGAGUCUUUGGCAGAAUGAAGUCCGUGGAAAUCCAACCACUCAUGAAGAAUGCACAGGGGAAUAAGGGCAGAAACGCCCAUUCCCACAGGAUCUGCAUGGAACCUCCUGGGAAGCAAGAUGGGAAAUGCGAAGAGCACUGGGCUUGGCCUCAGAAACUUCAAGCACUUUCUGCCCUGCCAUGGGCUAGCUCGUGACCUCAGGCAAGUCGCUGCACCCUGCCUCUAGCUCUGUGACCUUACAGAGUUGUUGCCAGGAUAAUGCUUGGGAAAGUGUCUUCUGAACUCUUCAAUGACCUAUAAACCUAGGUUCCAGCAGAUGCAAUUCACAGAAGGUUCAAGGUUUAGGCCAGUGCACGUGGCUGUGAACAGCAAAUGGAGGAAGAGCCUUUUCAAUGCCCGCAGUGCAAAAACUCAGUGAUAUACUCUCUGUUUUUCAGUGGAGGGGGGCACUUGGCAUAUGAGCUUACACCACAAGAAUCACAUUUGUGUUAAUGUGUGUUUAUGUUGUGUUGACAAAAAGUGUAGGAAGCCAAGCGUGCUGGUGUGUGCCUAUAGUCCCAGUUACUCAGGAGGCUGAGGCAGAAGGAUUGCUUGAGCCCGGGAGUUCAAGGCUGCAAGGAGUUCAAAGCUAUGAUCAUGCCACUGUCCUCCAGUCUGGGCAACAGAGCAAGACCCCACAUCUAAAAAAAAUUUAAAAAAAAUUUUUAAAGUAGGAUUAGCGGUAAUACAAUGUUAUCUUCUGCCUCGUAGAUAGCUUGAAAAUUCUGAGAUUCUUUGCUAUAAUAUAUCUAACUCUUCAUCCAAUUCAAGAUAUAAAAAACAUUUUUAAAUUCCAUGUUAACUUUUGUUUUAAAAAGUUAUCCACGUGCUAAACACUGAAAAACUACAUAAUUCUUCAUAUUAGUAUAGACUUUACAAUGCAAUUUAAAAUAUAUUAUCUUAUUUGGUAUCUCAGUAAUAUUAUGGAUUAAUUGUGCUUCUGGUAGCUAAGCUGUGGGCCUAACCACCACUUAGAAGAGGGGUCAGCAAAUGAAAUUCCAGAGGCCAAAUCUGGCCCACAGCCUGUUUUGGCACUACCUGAGAUCUAAGAUUGGUCUUUACAUUUUUAAAGGAUUGUAAACAAAACAAAACAAAAAACCCAGAGAAGAAGACAUGACAGAGAUUGGUGGGUAAAGCUGAACAUACUCACAGUCUGGCCCUUUACAGAAAAACCCCUGAUCCCACUCCUUGAUUUAGAACAUUAUUUCUCUGAAACUGGUUGUGAGUUUCAGAAGGGUUAUUUACAGAAAGGUUAUAUUGAGUUCCAGAAAGGUUAUUACAUACAGAAAGGUUACAUUUUUGGGAUAUCACAUGCUUCUAAGUCAGAGACUGUUUUUAUUUUUAAAGGAUUUAUUUAGCCAUGUGAGAAAAUGUAUGAAUAGGAUAUAAAUGGCAAGUAUGUAUUAUAAUAUCCCAUUCAUAUAUGUAAAAUGAGGUUAUACAACCCAUGUUUGCACAUCUGUGGAAAAUUUCUAGAAGCAUAAACAAAAAUAUGCUAACAGUGGUUACCUUGGGGUGGGUUCUCUGGGGACUCACUGCAGAAGGGGACUUUUUGCUUUAUUUUCUUCAGUACCUUAUGAAUUUUCUGUCUAAUCACAAGCAUGCAUUAUUUUUAUAUGUGGAACAUGAGGAAAGUAAAAUGUCUAGAACUCAAACUGGAA